UAGGAGAAGCCCCAGCCUUUGCCGGCUUUCUCUGCAGACUCGGCACUCUGCCUGUCCGCUUCCCGCGUCCCGGCUCGUGUGUCAAGCCGCCUGGCUGUAGGGAAAUGAGUGGCUGGGACGACCUUUAUCCGCUCCUAGUGCUGCCCUCCUGGGUACCGGGCGCUGCCGCCGGAAUUGUCUCCAUGUACCUCAUCCAGAGGGUCAUCUUUCCCUACUUCUGGGCAGACCUGAGGUACCUGCUGAAAGUACUGAUAUAUGGGCUGAGAGUGGAGAGGUACCGGCUGCAAGGGAGGAUUUUCACCAUCCUGGACAAGUUUGUGAAGCUGGCUGAGAAGCAACCUCAUAAGCCGUUUCUCAUCUAUGAAGGGAAAGUGCACACCUACCAGGACGUAGACAGGAAAAGUAACAGGGUAGCACAGGUGUUCCUACACCAUGGGGCUCUGAAGAAGGGCGACACAGUGGCCUUGCUGAUGGCCAACGAGCCAGACUUCAUCCAUGUGUGGUUUGGACUGUCCAAGCUGGGCUGCGUGGUGGCUUUUCUCAACUUCAAUGUCCGAUCCAGAUCUCUUCUGCACUGUGUCAGUAGCUGCGAGCCCAAGAUACUUGUCGUGGGAGCAGAUUUGCUCGGGACACUGGAAGAAAUUCUUCCUGACCUCCAAAAAGAUAUUAGUGUUUGGAUAAUGACGAAAGACUCCACUUUUUCAACUGUGCAUACCCUUUUAGACAAAAUAGAGGCUGCAUCUGAUGACCCUGUUCCAGUUAAUCGACGCUCUGCCAACAACCUCAAGUCAUCUGUUUUGUACAUAUUCACUUCAGGAACAACAGGUCUUCCAAAGGCUGCAGUCAUCAGUCAGAUGCAGGUUCUUAAAGGAGCUGCUGGACUGUGGGCUUUUGGUGCUACUGCAGAUGACAUCAUUUAUAUUACUCUGCCUCUUUACCACAGCGCAGCAUCUCUUCUUGGCAUCGGUGGAUGCAUUGAGUUGGGUGCAACCUGUGUGUUAAAAAAGAAGUUUUCAGCUAGUCAGUUUUGGAGUGACUGCAAAAAGUACAAUGUGACUGUUAUCCAGUAUAUUGGAGAACUGUGCCGUUACCUUUGCAGCCAGCCAGUGAAGGAAGGAGAAAAAAAUCACAAAGUUCGCUUAGCAGUUGGAAAUGGAGUAAGAAAUGACGUAUGGAGGGAUUUUUUAAACAGGUUUGGUUCUGUUAAGAUCUGUGAGUUUUAUGGUGCUACUGAAGGAAACAUUUGUUUCAUGAAUCACACAGGAAAAAUUGGAUCUGUUGGACGCACCAAUUUCUUUUAUAAGCUCUUUUUCCCAUUUGAUUUGAUCAAGUAUGAUUUCCAAAAAGGUGAACCAAUCAGAAAUAAGCAUGGUUGGUGUGAAAAAGUUAAGAAAGGUGAGGCUGGUCUUCUCAUUUCGAAAGUCAAUGCGAAGAACCCCUUCUUUGGUUAUGCUGGCAAUAAGAGAUACACAGAAAAAAAAUUACUCUGUGAGGUAUUUAAGAAGGGAGAUCUUUAUUUUAAUACUGGAGAUUUAAUGGUACAAGAUCAUGAGAAUUUUCUUUAUUUUUGGGACAGAAUUGGAGAUACCUUCAGAUGGAAAGGGGAGAAUGUUGCAACUACAGAAGUUUCUGAUAUCAUUGUAAUGUUGGACUUCAUACAAGAAGCAAACGUGUAUGGUGUAUCUGUGCCAGAUCAUGAAGGAAAAGCAGGAAUGGCCUCUCUUAUUCUAAAGCAGAAUACAUUGUUGGAUUUGGAGCAAAUAUAUAAGCAAGUAGUGACCUACCUACCAAGUUAUGCUUGUCCUCUUUUUUUGAGAGUUCAGGAUAAAAUGGAAAUGACUGGAACAUUCAAACAACAAAAAUUUCGACUGGUGGAUGAAGGUUUUAAUCCAUCUACAAUUACUGAUCCUCUUUACUUUUUAGAUAAUUCUAAAAAAGCGUAUGUCUUGUUAACCAAAGAAGUACAUGAAAUGAUCUUAUCUGGGAAAAUUAAACUUUAACCUAAUAAUAGGUUAUUGAGGUACAGUCUACAUGUGUGAGAAAACAGUAACAUUAAUUACCAAUAUUUAUACAUAGUUAUCCAGAAUAUUUUAUGUACUUGAUACUUACAUUCAGAUAUGUUUUGUAUCUGUUCUCUCUUCAUCAUUAUUGAUUAUUAGUCAUUUUUUUACCUAUUGAGACCAAUUUCUAAUUACAUGAUCUGUAGAACAUGACUGAAAUCUGUUUUGUCUCAAUCUUGGAAUAUAAAUGCUGAGUCUGAUGUUUUUUCUAAGUACGAAAUUAACAUGAAUGAUAUGUGGAAUGAAACACAGUAAAAGAUAAAAAAGAUUCAACAUAAAGGUAUUGUGACACAAGUUGUUUUGAGAGAGAAAAUUUGCCACUGUUUUAAUGUAGUUUAGAUUUAUAUUUACUUCUGAAUACAUAUUUUAAGAAACAAAGACUUGGCAGUGGUUGGAUGAAAACACAACUUUUCCAUAGCUUCUUCUGAUAGAACAUAAGAUUAAAGACAGUCACACAGAAUAAAGCCCUCAACCCCAAAACUAAGCGUUUUGUACUAACAUCACUGCUGAGUUUUUUGUCAUAAUCCAUGCUCUUUCAUUUGUUAAACUGGCUAACAGUUUGGAGUGUCAAAUUCUGAAGACAGUGCAAACUUUAGUUAAAUGUUUAGUGGAGGAUCAACAAUAGCCAGAGAAAAUGUGCACACUUAAUGGGGAAAAUCACUUAUAUAACAUAAAAAUAAUUAUUACAGCACUUUAUGUAUAUCAUGCAUAC